AUGCCCGCUCUCCAGUCCGGCCUUGUUCUCGUCACUGGCGGUGCUGGCUACCUCGGUACCCACGCCGUGCGCCAGCUCCUCGACGAGGGCUACAAGGUCCGCGCAACUGUGCGCUCGCGCGCGCGCGCCGACCGCAUGAAGGACGCCUUUGGCGGCAAGGUCGAGACCAUGAUCGUUGAGGACUUCAUCAAGUUGACGCCCCAGACCGGUGCCUACGACAAGGCCGUCGUUGGCGUCGAUGCCGUGGUCAACUUUGCCGCCCCGGCCGAGCUCGACCAGAAGGGCGACCCCAAGCUCAUCAUCGACCCGGCCGUGCACAGCAUCGAGCGCCUCAUGUCCGCCAUCCACGCCCAUGCCCCGCAGUGCAAGCGCGUCAUCCACAUCAGCUCCACUGGCGCCAUUGCGCAGGAGCCGUCGAACAUGAUGGGCCCCAAGACGUGGACUGAGAAUGACUGGAACAACAUCGCGGUGGAGAACUGUAAAUCCAAGGGCGCUUCGGCUUCCGGUUACGACAAGUACAGCGCCAGCAAGGUCCUCGCUGAGCGCAAGUUCUGGGAGCACUUUGAGCAAACGCGCAAGUACGACGCCGUCGCUCUCCUCCCCUCCAUGGUCCUUGGUGCACCCAUGCAGGCCGCUGGCGAACUGAAGCACCACCCUGUUCUUAACAUGUGCAAGCCCUUCACCCACCCUGGUGUCACCGAGGCCCAGAUUGAGAAGCAGUGGUACAACGUCGUCGACGUCCGUGACGUCGCCAUGUCCUGUAUCCACGCCCUCCGCACCCCGGAAGCAUCGGGCCAGCGCUUCAUCCUCGCCUCGUGUGCCAUGUGGGGCAACGACCUUGCCCUUUCGGCGAUGCACAUCUACCCGGACCGCAAGCUCACCCCCGGCAAGUCGGACGCCAAGUUCCGCUCCGGCCUCGAGGCCAAGGCCAUCACGUUCAACAGCCACAAGGCCCAGAGCGUCUUCAAGUUUUCGUUCCAUGGCAAGGACCAGACCCUCGACGACACGUUCGAGUGGCUCGCUGAGGAGUUCUAA